AUGGCUCUUCAUAUUCAUGAAGCUUGCAUACUUCUGUUGGUCAUCCCCAGAUUGGUCACCUCUGCUGCCAUCAGUCAUGAAGACUAUCCUGCUGAUGAAGGUGACCAGACUUCCAGUAAUGACAAUCUGAUUUUUGAUGACUAUCGAGGGAAAGGGUGUGUGGAUGACAGCGGCUUUGUGUACAAGUUGGGAGAACGAUUUUUCCCAGGGCAUUCCAACUGUCCAUGUGUCUGUGCUCUGGAUGGACCUGUUUGUGACCAGCCAGAAUGCCCUAAAAUUCACCCAAAAUGUACUAAAGUGGAACACAAUGGAUGCUGUCCUGAGUGCAAGGAAGUGAAGAACUCUUGUGAAUAUCAUGGGAAAAAUUACAAAAUCUUGGAGGAAUUUAAGCCCUCUCCAUGUGAAUGGUGUCGCUGUGAGCCCAGCAAUGAAGUUCACUGUGUUGUAGCAGACUGCGCAGUUCCUGAGUGUGUCAACCCAGUCUAUGAACCAGAACAAUGUUGUCCUGUCUGCAAAAAUGGUCCAAACUGCUUUGCAGGAACUACGAUCAUUCCGGCUGGCAUUGAAGUGAAAGUGGAUGAAUGUAACAUCUGUCACUGUCACAACGGGGACUGGUGGAAGCCUGCUCAGUGUUCAAAACGCGAAUGCCAAGGCAAGCAGACUGUGUAG